GUUGGGCUCUGACUUUCGUAGUCACAUAUCUGUCUUUAGAUGUAUAUUUCUGACAUACAUCUGGAGGCCUGAUUCUGCAUAUCUGACAUACAUCUCAACUGAGCAGCUGUUGGAGACAGAGAUAAUCUAGAUAAUGGAUUUGCUGCUGUGUUUGACAUCAAUGCUGCUCCAGGUCAAGUUUUUGCCUGUAGAGUCUGUUUUUCAACAGGUACAAAUAAAAUGUGAUGUUCAGAACAACAUAACAACGGCAGCAUGUCUCGACCCAGAUUUCUGCACAUGGAAGAUUGACUUGAUGACAUGUGAUACUUUACAGAUGCACUGCAUUAGAAAUGAUGUCCUACAGACUGUGAGCUUCUGUAACUCAAGUAAAGAAUGUGGAUUCGAUGGCUUUCCUGAUCAAGUACUUGGUCAUCUAGAAUGCGAAAUCACAAAAGAAAAUGAAAUGGAUGAAAUUGAUUGCAGUGUUGAUGUGAAAUGUGAACAUGAAAUGCACAUCUGCGCUACACCGAAAUCUUGUAGAUGGGCUCCCAAUCAGCUUUUUAAGGACGUUGGUAGUUCACGGUGUGUUCUUAAACAUGAUGUGAGCAGAUGCAUCAGAGCAAAUCCUAAAUGGAACCUGACAGAACACCUGAACUGCACAAUGAUGUAUGAAGGCACAGUGGACAACAUUCAUGGUGAUACAUCUGUUAAUUUGUGCAGUAAAACAGAGGCAUUAGGAGGAGGACUUAUCACAAGCAUUGCAUUUAAUGUAAUAUUUAUUAUUGUGGUAGUGAUUUUAGCAGUUCUGUUGAUAAGCACUUGCAAAAAAUUAAACACUUACAGACGAGCUAAUGAAGAGCACUCACAGACAGGGAAUCAAGGGAAUCAUGAACCAAUUCCUCUGGAGGAUCAAGAGAGCAAUGGCAAUGCCAGCCCUCAAACUCCAUCACAAGAAGCAGCAACAGCAUCACAAGACGGAGCUGCACAAGACGCAGCAUCACAAGAUGAAGCGCCAGAUGUCUGACUGACCGAAGAUGAAGAAAAAUCCCAUUAAUCAAAAGCAAAGAUUAAUCACCCUUUUCACUCUCUGUGAUCUCCAGCAAAAAUCACCAAAUACCAACAAAUGCCUACGUUUCCGUUUUUUCCUUCUGUUGGUGUUUUCAGCUGCCCUCUCACCUUUUAAACCUGGUCCUUUCUGUUUCUAACUGUGUACUCAGGCUCCCGCACAGAUAGACGCCAAGAGGGGCUUGAGCUUGCAUUCUUGAAAAUCUUAAGAUAUGUCUGCUAUAUGACAGUCAUUAUUAAUCUUGACUAAUGCAGAUAGAAACCAGCUGUACAGGACUGUGGGUGGGAGCAGGACAAAGUGCAGACUUUCUGCAGGAUCAGGGUGAAAUUAUGUGGAAGCAGGACUAAAAGAUCUGUCCGCAGAGCUCUACCCUCUUGGUCAGUCUGUAUAAUAACUGUAUUUUAUAUGGACAUUUUGCAUAAUCGGCUCAGCUGAAGGUGACCUUCCCUGGGAAUAGAGCUUGUGGGUCAGCUCAGGUGCUUCAUUGUUUUUGGGCACCUCCUCUGGUGCAUAACUGUCCACAUGUGGAGAUUUCACCCCAGUAACUCUGACCUGUCACACAUGCAUGCAUGCAUGCAUCACCCCAGUGAGCCCAAUGAUAAUGCACCAAUAGCAGCACCACAUUUCAUAAUAUAGGUACCUUGAACAACAACAAAAUGAGGUUGGCAAGAACAGAGUUCUUAAAAAACAGGCAUUUAUGCUGUGUUGUGUUAAACACAAUUAUAACUCAUCAGUUUGUAGCAGUUAAUGUAGUGGGAAAUGUUGAAGCUUUAUAUGCUGGAGGUUAAGGUUCAAAUCUCAAUUUUUGGCUGCCUUGUAAAACUCUUAAUGCUACAUUUGUUGUCCUCUGAAGCAGAUUUACUUAUUAUUUCUGGCGUAUUAUAUUUUAUCUAUGUCUUAUUUACGUAUGUCACAAUAAUCACAUGCUUUCUUGACAAGUAAUAACUCAUUCUUUUCACUUCAAGUCUUAACAAAAAACAUGAUACAAAUAUUUGAUAUAAUAUAAAUUUAAAAUACGAAUAUGCAAUCCAAUAAAAGUGAAAAAAUGGAUUUAAUGAAUUAAAUAUUUAGAGCUGACAAAUGAGGAUAAUAAUAUUGCAUGAAUGCUAAUUUGAAGCACAUCUAUUUAUAUAUUUAACCAUCCAUCUGUCCAACCAUCUGAGCCUUGUAUGGACACUUUCAGAUUGUUUAAUUUUACGUUUCAACCCACCACAGGCUGACAUAGAGAGAGCUGCACUUCCAGGUAUUAACC